AUAAAACUCAAUGAAUUCAAUCGUUUGUUUGGCUAAACUAAACAAAUUGUCCAAAAGUGUUGGAUCGCUGUUCACUUGCUAUCAAAGACAUUAUAAAUACAAUAGUUUGUACGCCAAACAGUGCAGAGCCAUGUCGUCCGCUAACUUUCUCGUCAAUGACAGUAAAUAUGAUUUUCUCAAAAGACUCGGUAUUCAACACAAAAAUCUUGGGGUAUAUGACACGGAAUGGCGUGGAAAGGGACCGGUAAUUCAAUCGAUAUGUCCGGCAAAUAACAAAGUGAUCGCAGAGGUAGUGACGGGUGAUGUACAAGACUAUGAGACGGCUGUCAAAGCGGCGCAUUCGGCGUGGAGUGUGUGGACGGACAUACCGGCGCCACAAAGAGGCGAAAUUGUGCGACAAAUCGGUAACGCAUUGCGCGAACAUAAGACAGAUUUGGGACGACUCGUGGCACUAGAAAUGGGAAAGAUAUUGAGCGAAGGCGAGGGCGAAGUUCAGGAGUACAUCGAUAUAUGCGAUUACGCGGUCGGUCUCUCCCGUAUGAUCGAUGGGAAAGUGUUGCCAUCUGAACGGCCCGGACAUGUGCUGAUGGAGAACUGGAAUCCAUUGGGUUGUAUCGGUAUUAUCACUGCCUUUAACUUCCCGGUAGCGGUCUUCGGGUGGAACAACGCUUUGGCUUUGGUUUGUGGCGAUACUAUGCUCUGGAAGUCGGCGCCCACAACACCUCUCUGUAGUAUCGCUGUCACUAAAAUCGUGUCGACCAUAUUUGAGGCCAAUUCACUUCCCGGUGCCAUCUGUUCGCUCGUCUGCGGAGGCGCUGAUGUCGGCGAGAAGAUGGCCACCGAUACGAGACUGCCUUUAGUUUCAUUCACAGGCAGUACAGGUGUUGGUCAGAAAGUAGGUCUCGCAGUCCAGAACCGGUUCGGCAAAAGUAUACUCGAAUUGGGAGGAAAUAACGCUAUCAUUGUGUGCGAAGACGCGGACGUGGAUAUGGCUAUCAGAGCGGCCAUCUUUGCCUGCGCUGGAACUGCCGGUCAGAGGUGUACGACUACCAGAAGACUUAUUCUUCACGAAAAGAUCUACGACAAAGUGAUCGACGGUUUAAAGAAAGCUUUCGCACAAAUCAGAGUCGGAGAUCCGUUGGACGCGAACGUACUCUACGGACCGCUUCACACGAAGAGUUCGGUUCAGACAUAUCUGUCAGUUGUGUCGGAAGCGGUCAAAGAGGGCGGACGUGUUGAGUGCGGCGGCAAAGCUAUUGAACGAGAGGGCAAUUUCGUGGAGCCGACCAUUAUUACAGGUCUUCCACACGACUCACCACUCGUCCAAAGGGAGACAUUCGCGCCCAUUGUCUAUGCAUUGAAAUUCACGUCUUUGGAUGAGGCCAUCGGUUGGAACAAUGAAGUCAAACAGGGAUUGUCGAGCAGUCUCUUCACCACUAAUCUCAACAAUAUAUUCAAAUGGAUGGGACCGAAGGGCUCGGAUUGCGGUAUAGUUAACGUCAAUAUUCCCACAAAUGGGGCAGAAAUUGGCGGCGCUUUCGGCGGCGAAAAGCAUACGGGCGGCGGACGGGAGUCGGGAUCUGAUUCGUGGAAACAAUAUAUGCGUCGCUCGACGUGUACUAUCAAUUACGGCAAACAACUACCAUUGGCUCAGGGCAUCAAAUUCGAGUGAUGUCUUCAGCUGAUCCCAUGUACGACCACUCAAUGUGACGGCAAUCAAAAGGCCGACUCAUUACUCUUCAGUGAU